UUCAAAAUGGCGUCCAUGUCAUAAGUAAAAUCCGUGGAAAAAUAUGUUGAUGCCAUUUUAUAUUUUGAAAUUAUAUCCUUAUUUAGUGGUUAGGUCUUGAAGCUUGUGAAAUAUUUAUUUGUGCGACUUAUAUAUUAUUGCAAUACUUAUACGCAUCGUUUUUACACCAUUGUACAUUCAACUAAUUGCUUAUAUUGCUAACUGUUGUUCUGUCGUGUGAAAUUUGAUUUAUUAUAAUGGAUGCUUCUCCGCAAGUAUUAGGACAAGGGUCAAACCAGCCCCCACAACGAGGAAAUUUUAGGGGCCGUGGGAUGGGAAUGAGAGGGCGUGGAUUUGAUGGACGCGGCCGAGGUCGUGGAAUGCCCAUGCGAGGCGGACCAAUGGGUGGCCGAGGUGGUCCCAUAAUGCGUGGUAUGCGACCACCUCGUGGUGGUCCAAUGUCUCGUGGAGGUCCUCCUGGUAGAGGCGGUUUUAUGCCACCCGGCCCUCCUGGACCACCAGGUGGGCCACCUGACCUGCCACCUCAAAAUGGAUUGCAACCUGUACCGCCACAUGCACCACAGGGACCACCACAAGGACCUCCACACAACAGGGGUGGGAUGUUUAGAGGUAGAGGGGGAAUGUCAAGAGGUCGUGGAGAUUUUAAUCAAAGGGGUAAUGGAGAUAUGAGGGGUCGUGGGGGUAGAGGUGGUAUGAAUCGCAACAAUUUUAAUAAUCAGAGGCCUGAACCAUAUCCUGGUGGAGGACCAAAACGUGGUGGAAUGCAAGCAGGUGGUGGGCCACCUGGAAUGGGUGGUCCAGGCCCAAUGAGAGGGAGGUAUGAUCAACAACCACAACAAAUGCCACCACCACAAAUGAUGCAGCAUGGACCACCACAACAAAUGCCACCUCAUGGGAAUGGUUUUGGAGCUCCUCCACCUAACAUGCCUCCACAUGGUGGGUAUCCUCCACAGCAACCACCUAUGUAUGAACAGCCACCAGCCCAAAUGCCACCAAUGGGUGGUGAACCUUAUUAUGGUGCUGUUAAUGGUGUUGGACCAGAUCCAAACUAUGCACAAGCUGGUAAUGGUUAUGCACAAGCACCUCAGCCAAUGCCGCCUCAAUACCAUCAACAACAGCCGCCACCACCUCAACAUCCAUAUGUAGGUGGUGUUGUGCAACAACAUGCACCAGUCAUGCCACAACAAGCUGCUGCUCCUCCAAUUGUACCGCAAGCUCAAACUGCACCUAUGCCUGCACAACAGGCAGGAUAUCCAAGUUAUACUGGGUAUGAAGAUUAUAACAGUGCUUACAGUGCAAAUACUGCUUAUUCUGAAGCAAGACCAUAUACUGCAGCUCCGACAAGUACUGGAUAUGACUACAAUGCUCAGGUUGCUACCCCAGCACCAGCACAGACAUAUCCAACCCAAGAAUAUACAGCUACAGAUCAAUAUGCAACACCUGCAGGUGGUUAUGAUGAAAGGACAUAUUCUGCAGGAUACGAUUAUUCAAAUACUUCAACGUAUGCAAAGCAAGAUUUUUCUGGUUACUAUUAAUCUUGAAUUGAAAAUUGACUAUUGUGUCAAUGACUGAGUACUAAAAGCUAAAAUUAGUGAUUAUAUCACUAGGUGAGAAAUUUCUUAAAACCAUCAGAACAAGUUAAAGGUUGGUUUGAUAAGUUAGUUAAGUGAAUAUUUUAAGAUUUUAAACUUUG